AUGGGCGACGCCAACGGCGAGCGGCACCCGCUGCUCGAUGCCGACGACGGCCUGCCCCCCAUCGGCGACAGCCCCGUCUGCGAAUACUUCAUCGUCAAGCAGGAGGUGAAUCUAGACGUCAACUUUCGCGACCGCCGCAUCGACGGCACGACGGACAUUUACGUCGUCACAUUUAGCGAAAAGGUGGAGGACGUAAUCAUCGACGCCGCGCAUUGCGAGGUCGACACGGAAAACGUCACAGUCACCGAGAUCCGCGAGUCGCAAGGCGAGGCCGUCGAGGGCCAACCGCGCAAGGCCGCGACCGAGUAUGUCGACCCGUACAAGAAGCUCUCGCACCCCAAGGGCUGGAACUGGAGGGCCGAGCACCACGACCUGCGCCGCAUGCGCGCCCGCGACAUCUUUCACACCCGCAAGUCAGACGUUGCCGCCGAGACUAGAGAGCUCGUGGGCUGCACGCUGGUGUACGGGUCGCUCAAAGUAUCACUCAAGGGCAAGGGCGAGCAGGAGCGGCCGAGACUCAUCAUCCGCAAGUCCAUGUCGAACCUAGACGGCGCGGAGAGGAUGCACAAGCAAUUCAAGAUCCGCGUGCCCUUCUACAACAAGGAUCCCCGCGACGGGCUGCACUUUGUCGGCGUGGACCACCUCGACAGCCGAUUCACGCACAUGUACACGAGGCACUCGCUCCAACCCGGCACGGCCUCGUGCAUUUUCCCUUGCGUCGACGAUCACGGCGCGCGCUGCGACUGGCGGAUAUCGCUCAAGUUCCCGAAAACGCUCGGCGACGCCCUCCAGCAGGCGCUGGUCACGCAAAAGGACACGGGCGUGAAUGGCACGCACGACAAGGCGCAUGCCGGUGGCGAGGAUCUCAAGCUGGCCGAGGAGGACAAGCUACGAGAGAUGACGGCGGUGUGCUCUGGCUUCCUUAUGGAGGAGGCCGUGGAUCCAAAGGACGACCGCAAGAAGAUCAUGGUCUUCGAGCCCGAGAAGAAGGUGUCGGUGCAAAAGCUCGGCUUUGCCAUCGGGCCCUUUGAGCAUAUCGACUUGUCUUCGGAGUUCCGCAAGGAGGAAGACGAAGUCAAGUUGGGUAUGAGCGCGCUCAAGGUCCAUGCGUACUGCCUCCCGGGCCGCGGCGACUGGGUGCGACACACCGCUGCGCCCUUGACGAAUGCUGCCGAUUUCUUCACCUACACCUUCGCGAAAUACCCAUUUGAGAACUUCAAGAUCUGUUUCUUAGACGACAUGGUCUCGGACACGGUGGCCCUGCACUCCCUGGCGUUUGUCAGCAACCGGCUGCUCUUCCCAGACGAUAUCAUGGACACCGAAGUGGAUGUGACGAGGGCCAUAGUCUUCACACUCACGUACCAGUGGAUCGGCAUCAACAUGAUUCCAAAUACGCGCAACGACCUGUGGCUCGUCCUCGGAGUCGCGCACUAUAUGACGGAGCUCUUCAUGAAGAAGAUAUGCGGCAACAACGAGCACAGGUUCCGCAUGAAAACUCUGUCGGACAAGCUGAUAGAGGUCGACGUCGGCCGCCCGUCGCUGUGGGAUCUCGGCCCCGUAUUGCACCUGAGCGAUGCGGAGAUGGAGUUUAUGGCAAUGAAGGCGACGGUCGUCUUCUUUAUACUCGACAAGCGGAUGCUCAAAGCGUCGAGCGGAUUUGGCUUGACGCGAACCUUGCAAAAGUUUCUCACCAAGGCUCAGAUCGAGAGCAGCGACAAGUCCACGAUCCUCGACACGGAAAAGUUCCGGUUCACGUGCCAGAAAGGAUCCAAGUACAGCCUGGAAACGUUUUGGAACCAAUGGGUCUACGCGGCAGGGUGCCCUCGCUUCGACGUCAAAGCCAAGUUCAACAAGAAGCGCCUCUGCGUAGAGCUCACCUUGAGCCAGAUCCAGUAUCAGGUUGCGAAGCAGCCGCAGCUCGACAAGGACGAUUUCCUGCGCAUCAUCAAGGAGACGAGGAACGGCAUCAAGAACGGAGAAAUGCAACCGCUGUUCACGGGGCCCAUGACCAUUCGCAUCCAUGAGGCGGACGGCACCCCGUACGACCACAUGGUCGAGAUCCGCGAAGACGGCUCUCGCACAACCAAGUUUGAGAUCCCUUACAACACAAAGUACAAGCGACUGAAGCGAACGCGGCGGCUCAAGGAGAAGAACACAGGUGCCAACGCGGACGCUGCCGAGAACGCCGACGACGCGCUGCUCUACUGCCUGGGUGACGUGCUCCAAAGUGCGGACGACCAACGGGAUUGGGAACUCAUAGAUUGGGAUCCCGAGACCGAGCGCAAGAUGGACCAGGAGUCCUACGAAUGGAUCCGUAUCGACGCCGACUUUGAGUGGGCAUGCAGCAUGAAGCACACACUCGAGCCGUACAUGUAUGUGUCGCAAUUGCAGCAGGACCGGGACGUGGUAGCGCAACAGGACGCGAUUCUGUACCUGGCGCGAGGCCCGCUGCACCCCAUCGCCUCUGGCUUCCUCGUGCGCACGCUUGUCGAUCGGCGCUACUUCCACGGCAUCCGGACGAUGGCUGCCGAGGCUCUGCCGAGGCAGGCCAACAUCAAGGACAUCCCCAUGCUUGGCCUGCGUCAGCUCAUGAGGGCAUUUCGUGAGAUGUUUUGCUACGAGCAGACGAAUCAGCCGUACCCAAACGACUUUUCAGACAAGAAGCAGUACAACGUGCGCUGCGCCAUCAUCAAGGCCAUCGCCCAGGUGAGGGACCAUACUUACCGGUGCCCGCUGGACGCGAGGCGGUUCAUUCUCGACCAAUUGCGCUUCAACAAUAACGAGGGAAAUCCAUUCUCUGACCACUUUUACAUCGCGAUGCUUGUGGAGGCUCUGGCCACGUCGCUUAUCCCGUCGCAGCAGGACGACUGGAUCACACGGCAAAACAAGGCACCGAGCGAAGAGGAACGCCAGUUCCUGGAGGAAGCUUUGGAGCAGAUUGAGCGAGUCCUGCGACGCGACGAGUGGACCAACUCAUACCAGAACGUCUGGACCAUCGCCGGCCUGGACGCGAAGCAGCGCCUGAUGAAGGCAGAAGUGAUUCCGAAACGCUACCCCGACUUUGCGCAGUAUCUUCUGGACGGGACGCUGGACCUGAUUCGCAUCAAGGCCUUUGACGCCUUGGUAGAUCUCGGGGCCCUGAUGGACCAUACCUUCUUCACCUUCUUCCUCUACUGUCUGACGACGGACCGCUCGCCGUACGUCAGAAAGCAGCUCAUCCAGUCUAUGGCACGCGGCCUUGCGGCGAUUGCGUUCGGAGAACAUUCCAGGGUCGUUAAGGACGAACCUGCUGCCGAUGACGCUGAUCCCCUCUUGCUCAUUCAGGACAGCGCCGAGGAGGUUGAGGCGCGAAAGCAAAUGUUUGCACGCCGCGAAAACAUUGACGCGGCGCUCAAGGCGCUCCGUAAGGAAAUGGAGGAGACGUACGCCAAGGACGACAGGCAUUUUAGCACGGCCAUGCGUAAGGCAUUGGACCAUCCUGCUCUGGGUCGCGACGAGGUGGAGAGCCUGCUCGACCUGGCGGCGAUGAUGUUCGAGGAGGCGCGGAGCUGGAUCCUGACGUUGAAUUUGCCCAAGGCUUGGAAGGUCGAGCGACCAGUGCAGAAGCUUUCUGAUCGGUUGCUCGUCCACUUCAAGUCGUACUACAGGACCAAGCCAAAGGGCUCCAUUACGCCGCCACCAGCACCGUCCCCGGCACCGGAAGUUAAGAAACCAGCGCCGCUGGCCAGAACGUCGUCGAUUAAGAUCCACACAAAGGCCGCCACGCCGCGACGUCCCUCCGUCACGCUCCCUCAGAUCACCGAGGCGACCCCUGGCACGCUGGGGACUAACGGAGUGGGCGCCGCCGCCACCGGACCUGGGGAAACCCCAAGCAUUCCUUCAGCCAAGCGAGCCCGUGUCGAAAAGGAAGACAGCGGCUCCCCUGCGCCGAAGCGCCCCAAGACCGAGUCGCAGCCAUCGAGCUUUGACGGCGAGAAGCCAUGGAAGAAGAGGCGUAUGGUCACCCUUAAGACGGGGGAUCCCAGCCGGCUUGCAGUUCUCUUGGGCCAACAACCGAGCGCGUCGCCUAACGGUAGGACGGCACUACCGACCAAGGCGCCCAAGGAACCUUCUCCGGCGGGCUCUAAGGACAGCAUCACGGCCAAGCCAGCCCGGAAACCCCUUCCUUCUGGUGGUGACGGCGUCAGACGUCCUUUGCCUAACGGCAGCGGCUCGGCAAUGUCACCGCCAUCGAGCCAGUCUACUCCGAAGGUCUCGCUCAACACAAACGUCAGCUCGGCUUCGUCUUCGAAGGCGGGAAGCCCGCCCACAGCCACACCUGUCAGCGCUAAGCCGAAAAUCAAAAUCAUUCGGAAGCCAUCUGUGCCCCAGGCCCAGCCAAACCCACGGCCGGAGUCUUAG